CCAUGCCAUCUCCAUCUCGGAGCUGCCAUAACCGAGUUUGCAGAUCUGCCUGCAAAAAGCAUGGACGUUGCGGGACGCAACCUGUCAAAAGAGAACGCACCCCCACCUUCCAAUCACCAGACUGCCGCAACAAGCGAGAUGGUCAAGAUGACUGCUAUGACAGUGCAACAUCAGCAUCCUACCAACGCUGUAGACAUAAGCUCAGAGCAAGAUCCUCUCAAGAUAAUCGCAAAGACUGCCUCUUAUGGAGAGUCAGGUUUGGUCAUCCUUCUGGAUGUGGUCAGACGGAUGGACGGCGUACGUGCGACCCGUCUGGCGCUUACAUACCUACUAUUCUGAUCUCCAGCAUUAGCUUGCUUGUAGCCGGCACGCUGGCGUAAUGGUUCUGAUUGAUAUGGGUAUAUUAAGCAUGACUCCCGCCCUAUGCUGACCUUUGCUUUGUUCUAUCGAGUCGAGGCUCACAUUUCGACUUACUGGAUCAUCGAUAUGGAUCUCUUCUACUCUCUGAGCCAUACAGUGGUUAUCGCUGGUGGCUUUGCUGCUCUGUAUAUUGUGUAUCAAGUCUUGAACACGGUGUACACCAUUUUCUUCCACCCAUUGAGCCAUGUUCCUGGUCCUUGGUAUCUUGCUGCAUCUCGCAUUCCUUACAUACGCCACAGCUUGAAUGGCACUCUACUGCCUUGGAUGCAAGCGUUACAUGAGCGCUAUGGCGAGAUCGUGCGAUACAGCCCAAACGAGGUCUCCGUCAUCUCAGGCAAGGAGAACCCAUGGCAAGAAAUCUAUGGCUUCCGCACUGGCAAGCAAAAGGGAGUUAGAAGCUUCGAAAAAGACCCUGCUUGGUAUCCGACACCCAUGAACGGUGUUCCAAACCUCUUGACUGCUCCAGGAGACAACCAUGGCCGCCAAAGACGUGUUCUGAGCCAUGCCUUCUCCGACAGAGCUCUUCGUGAACAAGAAGGCUUACUCCAAUCUUACGUCGAUCUACUCAUCUCACGAUUCCGCGAUAUCUCCGAUCGUAUCCCUGAGUAUGUCGCUGGUGGCGAUGGCUGGGACUCUACUGGAAAGAUCGAGCUUUGCAAAUGGUACAAUGGAUUUACUUUCGACGUGAUCACCGACUUGAGUUUUGGUCAACCUUUCGGCUCUCUCGCAGAUAUGAAACAACAUCUCUGGGUUGGUAACAUUCUCGAAGGAUUGAAGGCCGUCAAAUUCGCUUAUGUUACCCACUACUUCCCCUUCGUCAGACGUCUUGGCUCUUUGAUCAUCAACAAAUCCCAAAUCCAGAAGCGCAUCGAGCUCUUCAAGUGGAUCCAAGUCAAGACUGCCACCAGAGUCGCCACAGAGACUCAGCGACCGGACUUCGUUACUGCAGUCAUGGAACACCAGAAGGGUAGAUUCGAAGAGGAUGACGGUAAACACGCCGAAGACCUUCGCAAGGGCGAACUGGUGUCCAACCUCGGUCUCUUCCUUGUUGCUGGCACGGAGACUACGGCUACGACUCUGUCUAUCGGCAGCUACUUUUUGCUUAGCAAUCCUGCGGUCAUGGAGAAACUCAAGCAAGAAGUUCGUGGCCGAUACAAAAGUAACGACGAAAUUACCGUUGAUUCGGUCACCAACUUCGAGUAUCUUAACGCUUUCAUCCACGAAGUUCUGCGUUACUAUCCUCCCGUACCUGCUGGAUUUAUGAGGAAAGUGCCAAAGACUGGUGCAGAUGUUGCUGGUGUGCAUCUUUCUGGCAAGGGCAAUGUUUCUAUUUCAAUCAACCAAUACAUCGCCAAUCGUUCCUCCCUCAAUUUCACAGAUCCUGAGCGCUUUGUACCUGAGCGUUGGCUUGCAUCUCGACCGGAGAGGUAUGCUAAGGACAAUCUUGCCAUUGUGCAGCCAUUUUCGUUUGGUCCUAGAAAUUGUCUGGGUAAAAACCUUGCUUAUGCUGAGCUAAGAUUGGUGUUUGCCAAAAUGUUGUUCAACUUCGACAUGGAGUUGGAUGAGAGGAGUGCGGGAUGGGAGAGCAGGCUUCAGCAUCAUACUUUGUUCUACAGACCUGACCUAUGGGUCAAACUUACUGCUGUGACAGAUUGACGAGAAUCACGCCUUUUGAUGACUUUGCACAAGCUUUGCAGGGACAGCGGAGUUCAGUUC